GCUCGCCAAGUUUUCUCCCAAGCUCGCCACAGACGACCCAAAAUCCAACCCGCCUCCUGCCACAACCGGCUUCCAUUUUUCUCUCUGUUCCCAUCCCGUUCUCCUUUCUUAAUCUUGUUGGUGUCGGAGGACGUCCCGGCAUGCAGCGGCGGUGGUGACCUGUUGUUUUCGUCGAUCGCAGAUGGGCAGAAUCGGCUGGCUAGGGUUUUCCCCGCGAUCGUUCUUGCUGCGCUUCAGGAGGUCUUGUGGCAAUUCACCGAUCACGGGCGUGCGAUUGGAUCUUCUCAGGGGGAGGACUGAAGAGGCUUUGCCAUUUUUAAGAUCUUUUUCUCACCUAUCGCUAUUAUACAAAUACAAUUUGGACAUUGUUGAAAGACCUCACAAUAUCUAUAGAUCAAGUGCAUCUUCCUUAAACCGGUCUUUUCAUGCUACAGCACUACGUUAUGCGACAGAUAGAGACUAUUAUGAAAUUCUUGGUGUCCCUAAAGAUGCCACACGGGAGGACAUCAAAAAGGCUUUUCAUGCACUUGCAAAGAAAUACCAUCCAGAUGCAAAUAAAAAUAACCCUGCUGCAAAGAGAAAAUUCCAGGAGAUAAGAGAUGCGUACGAGACAUUGCGGGAUCCUGAGAAAAGAGCGCAGUAUGACAGGGAGUUCUCUGAAGGAGCAGAGAAAGUUAGAUAUGCUGGUGAUGAUGCAAGUGGAUGCCGCAGCACCUAUGAAGAUCCUUUCUCUGGGUUCUAUAGAGCCAAUCAAGAUCCUUUCUCUGAUACGUUCUAUAAAAUAUUCUCAGAGGUCUUUGAAAAUGAGAGAGACAUAUAUGCAGCUGAUAUACAGGUUGAGUUGAAUCUUUCUUUUUCUGAAGCUGCUAGAGGAUGCAAAAAACAGGUGUCUUUUAGUGCACAAGUUCCUUGUGAUUCAUGCUAUGGAAGGGGUCAUUCGGUAAAUGCAAAGCCAAUAAAAUGCCCUACUUGUAAUGGUGUCGGAAGAGUUACAGUUUUUCCAUUCACAUCUACAUGCCGUUCCUGCAAAGGAUUGGGGAAAAUAAUUAAGGAUUACUGCCUAGUAUGCAAAGGGUCAGGGGUGGUUGAUGGCGUGAAGAAUGUUAAUGUUACCAUCCCAGCAGGAGUUGAUUGCGGGGAUACAAUUCAUGUGCCAAGGGCCGGAAAUCAAGGGGGACAUGGUGCCCAGCCUGGAAAUUUAUACAUUAAGAUGCAGGUAGCCAAGGAUCCUGUUUUCCUUCGAGAUGGUGCUGAUAUUUAUGUGGACGCCCAGAUAAGAUUCACACAGGCUAUUCUUGGUGGUAAGAUUGAAGUACCUACCUUGUUUGGAAAAACACAUGUAAAGAUACCUGAAGGAGUGCAGCCAGGGCAACUUUUGGUUUUAAGAGGCAGAGGAUUACCAAAACAAGUUGGCUUAGUAGACCAUGGCGACCAAUAUGUUCGAUUCCGUGUGAAUUUUCCAUCGUCAGUCAAUGAACGUCAGAGAGAAUUGUUGGAAGAAUUUGCUAAGGAGGAAGCAAUUCAAGAAAGCAGUGGAUCAGCUGAAGGAAACUGGCUUUAUGAGAAGCUAUCUACUGGUUGAACUUACAGGUGGCAGCAAAUAAUCGAUCAUCUGACUGGUCCUAAGUUCAUGCUUGGUAUCGCCUUCCUGAUGUUGCUUCAUUUGCUUCUCAGCAAGAGUCUGAGCUAAGUGCUGACAUAUAAGAUGAUAGACGAGAUCAUGCAGUGGGGACAGGUGGAUAUGACCAUAUUUCAUCCAAUUGCUCGUACAUUCGAGAUAUUCCUCUUUGGCUGGUAUACAAUUCUACUAUGCAGUGUUAUCAGCCAAGUCGCAGAAUUCCAAAGGAUCUUAUCUUGCUGGACCAGAGGACCACAAAAGUGUCAUCUCAUCAUUGUUUCAUGUAUAAAACGUUAUUCUGUUUUGUUAAUUAGUGGGGCUCAAGAGAGAGCAAAGCGAAAGCGGGGUAUUCACUGACUUGACUGAUUGAGGUCCUCUGACAUUGAUCUGCCGACCUCUUUCCUUUCCUUCCUGCUCACAAUUUUUGAUGAAGCAUCACCAAUUUUUGAUGAAGCAUCACCAAACUAAAAGAAGAACAAGAGAAAAAACUCUGAUGAGUUUGGUAGAAUAACGGAUUGUACCAUGCAUACUGCAAGUGUAGUACAGUAUCAUCCAUAUGGAAAUAUUACUGUUUUUCUUUCUACCUCAACUUUCUUUAUUGCGGGAAGCUGAGGACAUGAACACGCUAUUUAUUGGGGGAUCUAAUGCUGCAGUCUUCUGCAGUAAAACAGUAUAUAAAAAUAUAUAUUGUCAAAGGUAUGUUGCCCU